UUCUACUAUCUAAAGACUGUCGCCCUUUUAAAUUAGUCGAACAGCUCGAAUAACUGAAUUAUCAAAGAGAUGAUUUUAUAUGAAUCAAGUGAUUAAGUUAGACUCCUAAAUACUGGCGUCGGCGUGACGGCGGUCGAGAUCGGCGAUGGCGAUGGCGACGGCGGAGGGCUCGAGUUUGCCCGGAGAUCUCUCGCAGAGGGCGGUGCGGUUGGCGAACGAAAGGGACGCUGCAGCAGCUUGGUGGUUGCGUCCUGCGCGAGUCAAGCUUGAUGGGCCCUUUCUAUCUCCGUCACAAACGCCAGAUCUGACUAGAUAACGAAGAAAAGAAGGAGGAAAAAAGGAGCUGUGAUUCGCGAGAAGUGUGGCGGAUGACGGCUCUUCAUCCUUUCCGCUGCACUUUUCGCCUUCCCUUUUCUUCUUACUCAUCCUCUUCCUCGCUUGGCAGUAGGCGCUUGAGGUGCUCCGGCGACAACCAGGCUCCCGCUGCCCUCGAUACUAACAAGCUUGUGUUGGAGGUCAAGGAAAAACUUCAAAGAGAGCAUGCUAAUCUCCCAAUUGGAAAGAAUGGUAGAGACGAUGAAGAAAUGCUCCUUUGGUUUUUGAAGGAUCGAAGGUUUUCUGUUGAAGAGGCUGCCAUGAAAUUGUCUAUGGCUAUUAAAUGGCGUGAGGAUUUUGGUGUAUCGAAUUUGUGUCAGGAAUCGGUUCAGGAGUUAUAUGCAACUGGCAAGGCUUAUGUGCAUGACUUCCCUGACAAUAAGGGCAGACCCGUAUUUGUGGUAGUUGCACGGAAACAUUUUCCUGGGAAACAGGAAUUCAUUGAGGAUGAGAGACUCUGUGUCCAUAUGAUUGAGAAUGCAUUGAGCAAACUUCCUCCUGGAGUUGAACAAAUUCUGGGCAUUAUUGAUCUAAGAGGCUUUCGAAUAGAAAACACAGAUAUCAAAUUUUUGAAGUUUCUGAUUGAUGUGUUCUAUUAUUACUAUCCGAAAAGGCUAGGGCAGGUUCUCUUCGUUAAUGCUCCUUUGGUGUUUCGACCUGUUUGGCAGCUUAUGAAACCUUUAUUGAAGUCAUAUGCCUCAUUGGCUCGGUUCUGCGACAUGGAGACAGUCAGAAAGGAGUACUUCACAGAAUCAACAGUUCCACCAGACUUCCUUGAUUGAAUUAUGAUGAAAGGUUGAGUUCUAUUGCAUUCCAAAGACCCGGGAAAUUUUUGGUUGACACCUUCCAACCUCGAAACCUUCAGCUGUUUCUUUGAAUCUGUCACGAUUCUUGAUUAUCGUCAAGUCAUAUUUGUGCUAUUUGAGAUCAGACUAUUCAAAUCAUUAUGUCCUUUUAUUUCCAUGAAGUACGACUUAAUGCGGUU